GGGGAAGUCUCUCGGCGACCGUAAUAAAAGGGCGCCGGCUCGCCCUGCCGCGCUGGGAAGCCGUGCUGCCGCGCCCCCGGCCCCGGGAAGGGCAUGGCCCCGGCGGACCCCCGGCGGUGACUUGCGCGCCCCGGCCCAGUGGAUGCUCCGGGCGCACCGCUCCCGUUUUUGGCGGCUUCCGAAGGACAGGUAUUCCAGGAUGAGGCACCCCGACAAGAUGCCAACGCGGGCGCACUGGCGAGUACUCUCCGUGGUGCUGAUUCUGGUCUGGGGACAUCCUCCAGCGGCACUCGCCUGCCCUCACCCUUGCGCCUGCUAUGUUCCCAGCGAGGUCCACUGCACGUUUCGCUCCUUGGCUUCCGUGCCAGCUGGAAUUUCUAAACAUGUGGAAAGAAUCAAUUUGGGAUUUAAUAGUAUACAGGCUUUGUCAAAAACCUCAUUUGCGGGACUGACCAAGUUGGAACUGCUUAUGAUUCAUGGCAACAACAUCCCCAGCAUCCCUGAUGGGGCUUUAAGAGACCUCAGCUCUCUACAGGUUUUCAAGUUCAGCUACAACAAGCUUCGAGUAAUCACAGGACAGACGCUGCAGGGGCUCUGGAGCCUAAUGAGGCUACACAUUGACCAUAACAAGAUCGAGUUUAUCCACCCACAAGCUUUCAAUGGCUUAACAUCGCUAAGGCUGCUCCAUUUAGAAGGAAACCUGCUCCACCAGCUACACCCUGGCACGUUCUCCACAUUCACCUUCCUGGAUUAUUUCAGACUGUCCACUAUAAGACACCUCUACUUAGCAGAGAACAUGAUUAGAACUCUUCCCACGGGGAUGCUCCAGAACAUGCCACUUCUGGAGAAUCUUUACCUGCAUGGGAAUCCGUGGUCCUGUGAUUGUGACAUGAGAUGGUUUCUAGAAUGGGAUGCGAAAUCCAAAGGGAUUCUGAAGUGUAAGAAAGACAAAGCCUACGAAGGUGGUCAGUUAUGUGCCAUGUGCUCCAGUCCCAAGAAGAUGUACAAACAAGAGAUUCACAAACUGAAGGACAUCACUUGUCAGAAGCCUUCCAUAGAGUCCCCUCUGAGACAGAACAGGAGUCUUGAGGAAGAGCAGGACCAAGAGGAGGACAGCGACAGCCAGCUCUCCCUGGAAGGGUUCCAAUUCCCCCCAUGGAACAUCUCUUUGAACAUGACUGAUGAGCACCAGAACACAGUGAACUUGGUUUGUGACAUCAGGAAGCCAAUGGAUGUGUACAAAAUUCACCUGAACCAAACGGAUCCUCAAGAGAUUGAGAUAAAUGCAACAGUUGCCUUGGACUUUGAGUGUCCGAUGACCCGGGAAAACUAUGAAAAGCUGUGGAAACUGAUCGCCUAUUAUAGUGAGGUUCCUGUUAAGCUGCACCGAGAACUCACGCUCGGCACAGAUCCCAAAGUCAGCUACCAAUACAGGCAAGAUGCUGAUGAUGAUGCUCUUUACUACACUGGCGUCAGAGCCCAUAUUCUUGCAGAACCAGAAUGGGUCAUGCAGCCGUCCAUAGAUAUCCAGCUGAACCGACGUCAGAGUACGGCCAAAAAGGUGUUCCUCUCCUAUUCUUCCCACUAUUCUUUAACAAUGGCUGCCAAAGAUGCAAGGCAGUCUCGGAGCAGAAGCUGGGUGAUGAUCGAGCCGAGCGGAGCCGUGCAAAGAGCUCAGACUGUCUUGGAAGGGAGUCCGUGCCAGCUGAGCUGCAACGUAAAGGCUUCUGAGAGUCCAUCCAUAUUCUGGGUGCUCCCCGAUGGCUCUGUCCUGAAAGCACCCAUGGAGGACCAGGACAGCAAGUUCUCCAUCCUCACCAGUGGCUGGCUGAAGAUCAAGUCAACAGAUCAGUUGGACUCUGGUUUGUACCAGUGCAUUGCUCAGGUGAGGGAUGAAAUGGACCAAAUGGUGUACAGGGUUCUCGUGCAGCCACCUGCCACUCAGCCACCUGAUAGCCAUACAGUAACUAUUCAGAAGAACCCAGGGGAAUCAGUGAUGUUGCCUUGCACUGCACUGGCAAUACCUGAAGCCCGGCUUAGCUGGAUUCUUCCAAACAAAAGGAUAAUUAAUGAUUUGGCUAACACAUCAGAUGCGUACAUGUUGGCAAAUGGAACUCUUUCCAUCCCAAAGGUCCAGGUCAGUGACAGUGGUCACUACAGAUGUGUGGCCGUCAACCAGCAAGGGGUAGAUCAUUUCACUGUGGGAGUCACAGUGAGUAAGAAAGGAUCUGGCAGGUCAUCAAAAAGAGGCAGACGCCCAGGUGGGAAGGCUCAUUCCAGAGGGAGAGGAGAUGUCGUGGAGGACGAAGGGGGCUCAGGCAUGGGAGAUGAAGAUAACACUUCCAGGACAGUCCUACAUCCAAAGGACCAAGAGAUGUACAUCAAAACAAAGGAUGAUGCCACCACUGGAGGUAAGAAAACUAAGAAAGGGAGAAGAAAACUGAAACUCUGGAAGAAUUCUGAAAAGGAACCAGAGACAAACAUCGCAGAGGGUCGCAGAGUGUUCGAGUCCAGACGAAGGAUCAAUAUGGCUAGCAAGCAAAUUAAUCCAGAGCACUGGGCAGAUAUUUUAGCCAGAGUGCGUGGGAAAAACCUCCCUAAGGGAACAGAAGUCCCCUGGGGCGUUAAAACCACCACUCCUCCAUCAGUGAGUCCAGAAGAAACACCUCUUUUGCCUGUUCUUCCUCCCCCCUCAAUAUGGCCUGUGCAGACCACAACCAGUGCUGAAGAAUCCUCAGCAGAUAUGUCUUUAUUGGGUGAGGAAGAGCUGGUUUCCAGUACCGUUUCCUCAACCGAGAUGCCACUAGAACAUGGCCACGAUGGAGUAAUUCUUACUGAACCCAAAGUGACAAGCAUGCACCUGGAGGAACUCACUGAUGAUGAAUUUUCUGAGAAGACUGACGACACGUUUCCGACCGACAUUGGCUCAAACUGGGCUACAGCCACUACACUGAUAUCUGCGCCUUACGAAUCUUCUCCUACUCCACAGACCCUGGACACAGUCUAUGAAGAGCCCACCAAUGAAAACACAGCCACAGAGGGCUGGUCUACCCCAGAUGUUGGAGCCAUGUCAGAGCCUACAUCAAAUGAGUAUGAGUCUCCGUUAGAUGCCACCUCCUUAGCUGAGUCUGAGACUGUGCCAUACGUGUACCCAGAUUGGGAGACUAAUUCACGACCUAAUGAAGAUAAGAUGAAUGAACUGACCUCCACACACUUGACUCCAACCCCUACCGUGUGGGUUGCUGACUCUAAGACAUCUGAGCCAUUUGAAGACCUCAUUUUAGAAGAACCAGGUGUCCCCACACAAGUCCCUCUACAGGAACAAACAGACAACUCCCAGCUUGUGAAAGGUAGUUUAGGCACUCAAGGCAAUUCACUGAUUAAAAAGAGCACAGAGGAGAAUUUUCAGAUACAAUGGGAAGGAGAUAUGCUAGAGAGAGACCCCACAAACUCCAGAAGUCCUGAGAGUAAGAGACAGGGCGUCGAAUUCACCACUCUGCGUGACUCCACACUGGGAGUGACAGACAGCAAAGCUCUCUUCAAGCAUCCUGGGGAAACCACACUUGGCUCUCUGUUUGACAAGGAUACCUCCACAGUAGCAGUGAUGAUGCCAACCCAAAAGCCCACUUCACCAUCAGUGCUGACCACUCACCCUUCUCGAAAGAGACAGAAGGGAAGGAAAAGAUUACACCCCGACAGAUUCCGACACCGGCAUAAACAAACUCUGCCCACAACUCCCGCCCCAACGGAGACUUUCUUGACUCGACCAACUCAAGUACCUGAGGUGAAGAUUCCAUACCAAGUGGAGAGUUUGCUGGUUCCCACGUCUUGGGUUGAUGGCACAGUUGGCACCCCAAAGCAGGUGGAAAUGGGGAAGGAUGCAGAACCAGUAUCCAAAGGACCAUCACGAAGGAAACAUGGGAAGAGGCCAAAUAAACAUCGGUCUUCUACUUCUACGGUGAGGUCUCAACCUUCUGUGUCCAAUUCCAAUCCUUCUCCAGAAAGUCAACAUAACAACGUUGUUAACCCCAGUACGGACACCGUACUUUUAUCUACAAUGGCUUCUCUGAGAACUGGGGCCCCACGUGAGAUAACUAGAAAGGAAGAUUAUAUAACAAGCACAAAAGUACAUUUAUCUCAUGAUAAAUUGCAAGAGACAAUUCCAGUCACAUAUAAACCCGUGUUAGGUGAAAAGGAAAGUAAGAAUGAUGGUGUCACCAACAUCAAUGACCAUACCACUGACAGUUUAGUCCCUGGUAAGUUCGUCACUGAUGCUGUAUCACCUUCUGGCUUCAAGGUCUCCACUGUGGGAGAAUUUCAGGGAGAAUUCUCUCCUUCCCGCUCUCCAGGAACGCCAAGCUGGAAUCCCCCAAAGGCAGCCCAGCCUAGAGGGCUGCAGACAGACACACCUGUCACCAGCUCUUGGGAAACAUUUACAGACACACCUUUUUUUAAAGAGUCAGAGGAUCCAGAUUUUCCUUCCGAGUUUUCACCUUCUGUUGCAGUCUCGACACUAUUUCAGGUUGCGUCAACUACUCUCUCUAGCAUGAAAGCAGAGUCGUCUUCAGGGAAGGCAGAAACCACCUUCGGUGGUCAGGAUCAUCAGGAAACCAGUCCAGCUGAAAUUGGACCACAGAAUAUCAUCUCUACUCCUGCCCCCAGGAAGGAGCCAGCAUCCUCAGUCCCCCCCACGACUCUCGUGUUUUUGGCAGAAACCACCACGAAGCCCAUGCCUCUUACUUCAAGAACAUCCCCAACAUCAACAGGUUCCAAGGAAAAAAUUUUCUUGAAUUAUGUGGGGAUCUCGGAAACCAAAACACCCCCAGUGAAUAAUGAGGGAACUCAGCAUAUAUGGAGGCCUAAUGAAUUAUCCACCCCAUCUUCCAACCAGGACCAAUUUAACUUAACUCCCAAGCAGGAGUUAGAAAAGGAAGCAUUUGAUAGGAGGACCAAGGACAUUCUUCCUCGCGGCCCAGAUAGUCAGCAUCAGGAUGGGAGAGUCCAAGUUUUCCGUCAACCAGCCAGAGUUCCUGCCAAACCUAUCCCACCAAGAGGGACAGUGAGGCCACCAUAUGUGGCCACACAAGCCUCCUCUGGAUACAUUGUAACUGUCCAGCCCCCUCGUCACUUCACCAACAAACCAGAAAUAAUUGCCUAUCCUUCAAGGGUUUUGCCAAAGAAUAAACACUUUACGACCCCAACGUUAUCAAGUACAACAACCCCUGUUGUUCCGUGGCACAGGCCCAAACCUGGCAUUCCUAGUAAGUUAACCGACCAAGGAACUGACCGAUUUAACGGCAACUCCAAAGUCGUUGGAAAUAACAACAUCCUUGAUCUCAGAGACUCUGUUGGCAAGCCUCCAAGUUCAAGAGUUCCUCAUUAUCCCCAUGGAAGAUUCCCUUUCUUUUUCAACAAAACUCUUUCUUUCCCACAAUUGGGAGUUACUCUGAAGCCCCAGAUACCCACUUCUCCUGCCCCAGUGAUGAGAGAGAGAAAAGUCAACCCAGCUCCCUACAAUAGGAUACAUUCUCAGAGCAUCAUCCACGUGGACUUUGGACCCCCCGCCCCUCCAUUAUUGCACCCUCCCCGGACCACGGCACCACCCUCCAUGAACUUACAGAACAUCCCUCUGGUCUACUCCACCCGGAGCUCCAUCCCCAUCGUGACAUCUUCUGGCCAGCCCUCCAGAAGCUUUCAUCAGAGUAGCUCAAAGCUCUUCUCUCCUGUAGGGCCACCUGCCUCCAAAUUCUGGACGCUUGGGGAAAAGCCCCAAAUUAUCACCAAAUUCCCUCAGACUGUGUCCAUCACUGCAGAGACAGAUGCUAUGAUCCCAUGUGAGGCAACCGGGAAACCCAAGCCUUUCAUUACCUGGACAAAAGUUUCCACAGGAGCUAUUAUGACCCCGAACACCAGAGUACAACGGUUCGAAGUCCUCAAGAAUGGCACCUUCGUCAUCCGGAAGGUACAGGUGCAGGACCGUGGCCAGUACAUGUGCACAGCCAAAAACUUGCACGGUGUGGACAGGAUGGUGGUCCUGCUGUCUGUCACCGUGCAGCAGCCCCAAAUCCUAGCCUCCCACUACCAGGACGUCACCGUCUACCUGGGAGACACAAUUGCCAUGGAGUGUCUAGCCAAGGGCACCCCAGCCCCCCAAAUCUCCUGGAUUUUCCCUGACGGGAGGGUGUGGCAGACCGUGUCCCCAGUGGAGGGUAGGGUCACACUUCACGAAAACCGCACCCUGUCCAUCAAAGAGGCUUCCUUCUCAGACAGAGGUGUCUACAAGUGCGUGGCCAGCAACCCAGCCGGGGCGGACAGCCUGGCCAUUCGCCUCCACGUGGCCGCCCUGCCUCCGGUCAUCCACCAGGAGAAGACGGAGAACAUCUCGCUGCCCCCAGGGCUCAGCAUCCACAUCCACUGCACAGCCAAGGCCGCGCCCCUGCCCAGCGUGCGCUGGGUGCUCAGGGAUGGGACCCAGAUCCGCCCUUCGCAGUUCAUCAACGGGAACUUGUUUGUCUUCCCCAACGGGACGCUCUACAUCCGCAACCUGGCGCCCAAGGACAGCGGGCGCUACGAGUGUGUGGCUGCCAACCUGGUGGGCUCGGCGCGCAGGACGGUCCAGCUGACCGUGCAGCGCGCGGCGGCCAAUGCUCGCAUCACCGGGACCUCUCCGCAGAGGACCGACGUCCGCUACGGCGGGACCCUCCGGCUGGACUGCAGCGCCUCGGGGGACCCCUGGCCACGCAUCCUCUGGAGACUCCCGUCCAAGAGGAUGAUCGACGCACUCUUCAGUUUUGAUACCAGAAUCAAGGUGUUUGCCAAUGGGACCCUGGUGGUGAAAUCCGUCACAGACAAAGAUGCCGGGGACUACCUGUGCGUCGCCCGGAACAAGGUCGGUGAUGACUUUGUCGUGCUCAAGGUGAAUGUCGUCAUGAAACCAGCCAAGAUCGAGCAUAAAGAGGAGAACGACCACAGGGUGUUCUAUGGGAGUGAUCUGAAGGUUGACUGCGUGGCCACCGGGCUUCCCUACCCCGAGAUCUCUUGGAGCCUCCCUGAUGGGAGCCUGGUCAACUCCUUCAUGCAGUCGGAUGACAGUGGUGGGCGUACCAAGCGCUAUGUGGUGUUCAACAACGGGACUCUCUACUUCAACGAAGUAGGCAUGCGAGAGGAAGGGGACUACAUCUGCUUUGCGGAAAACCAGGUGGGGAAGGAUGAGAUGAGAGUACGUGUCAAGGUGGUGACCGAGCCCGCCGCCAUCCGGAAUAAGACAUACUCUGUGGUCCAGGUCCCCUAUGGGGAUGUGGUCACUGUAGCAUGUGAGGCCAAGGGGGAGCCCACACCCAGGGUGACGUGGCUUUCUCCAACCAAUAGGCUGAUCCCCACAUCCUCAGAUAAGUAUCAGAUAUAUCAGGAUGGCACUCUCCUUAUCCAGAAAGCUCAGCGGUCAGACAGCGGCAACUACACCUGCGUGGUCAGGAACAGUGCCGGGGAGGACAGGAAAAUGGUCUGGAUCCACGUCAAUGUCCAGUCGCCCAAGAUCAACGGGAACCCUGACGCCAUCACCACUGUGCGGGAGAUUGCCGCCGGGGGGAGUCGGAAACUCAUUGACUGCCAAGCAGAAGGCAUCCCCACGCCAAGAGUGCUGUGGGCCUUUCCCGAGGGCGUGGUUCUGCCGGCUCCCUACUAUGGGAACCGGAUCACUAUCCAUCGCAACGGCACCCUGGACAUCAGGAGUCUGAGGAAGAGCGACUCCGUGCAGCUUGCGUGCAUUGGCCGCAAUGAGGGGGGUGAAGCCAGGUUGAUUGUCCAGCUCACGGUCUUGGAGCCAGUGGAGAAGCCCAUCUUCCAUGACCCCGUCAGUGAGAAGAUUACCGCCAUGGCCGGCCACACCAUCAGCCUCAACUGCUCAGCCGCGGGGACCCCAACACCCACGCUGCUGUGGGUCCUUCCCAAUGGGACGGAGCUCCAGAGUGGCCAGCAGCUACAGAGAUUCUACCACAAGGGCGACGGCAUGCUGCACAUCAGCGGUCUCUCCUCCAUCGAUGCCGGGGCCUACCGCUGCGUGGCCCGCAACUCCGCGGGCUACACCGAGAGGCUGGUCUCUCUGAAGGUGGGGCUGAAACCCGAAAUGAGCAAGCAGUACCACAAUCUGGUGAGCAUCAUCAACGGCGAGACCCUGCAGCUGCAAUGCCUCCCUCCAGGGGGCCGGGAGGCACACUUCUCAUGGACGCUCCCCAACGGCAUGGUCCUGGAGGGCCCCCAAGCACGAGGACGCUUUUCCCUUGGGGAAAAUGGCACCCUCACCGUGCGCGACGCCUCAGUGUUUGACAGGGGCACCUACGUGUGCAAGGCGGACACGGAGUAUGGCCCUUCUGUCACGAACUUCCCAGUUAUUGUGAUCGCAUACCCUCCCCGGAUCACCAGCGAGCCAACGCCCGUCAUCUACACCCGGCCCGGGAAUACCGUCAAGAUGAACUGCAUGGCCAUGGGGAUUCCCAAAGCUGAAAUCACCUGGGAGCUGCCUGACAAAUCGCAUCUGACUGCCGGGGCACAGGCCCGUCUGUAUGGGAACAGGUUCCUUCACCCACAAGGAUCAUUAACCAUCCAGCAGGCCACACAGAGAGACGCCGGCUUCUACAAGUGCACCGCGAAGAAUAUCCUGGGCCGUGACUCCAAAACAACUUACAUCCACGUCUACUGAAACACUUGCCGGAGAACGUGGACUCCACGGUCGUUGCUUAGGACCUUAGAACAAAGCCUCCUUUGCAAGGAAAGCCGGGGCAGAGAUUCAGAGCCCUAAAAAGAUGUGUCACGGGCGUGGUGGCGCCCCCUAUAGGAUUCAGGUUCACGUUGACUUUGACCUAUGCUUGUUGGCGAAAGGAAGCAAUCAGACAUUGGAAAGAGGGGUCUGCCUCUCUGGGGACUUUCUUUUCUAUUUCCAGGAUGCCAUGCGCUCUUGUCUGGCGUUUCACAGACAUGGGCACAAAUCUGUGUUGCAAAUAGCACCCUGAUGCUUUAAUGAGCAUCUGUAGGAUCCCUAAGGAGCAGUCACUGAAAAUAAACAUAGAGAUUAACUGUGCCUUGCCACCCUGUUGAAGAUGCACCACCUAGUUAACCCAUUGCUGUUUUAACAUGAUAGAACAUUCUAGAAUGAGUACCCAUCUUUCAGUUAUUGCCUCUGUCACUUCAAAACUCCAAUUUGCCCAGUAAGGGCUUAGAACCAGAGUGAUCGAUCUUUUUUUUUUUGUAAUGUACAAGUUGCAUACAAUACAGCUACCAUUUUAUAUGAAAGAACUCUUUUUCCCUGGAACUCACUUUUUUAAUAGUUAUAUAUAUAUAUAUAUAUAUUUCUUUCUAAUCAGACGAUGAGACUGGAAAGAGAAAGAAAUACUUUCUGUCUCGUUAAGAAAUAAUAAAUUAUUGGUCUUUACAAGACUUGGAUACAUUAAAGCAGGCAUGGAAAUGCAAUUAUAAAAACAUUCGUCCCCAACUUCCUUCAAAUUCAGUAACUGCUAUUAUAUUACCAUUCACAGGAACCCCACAGGGAGGGAGGCUGGAAUCUUGGAUUUCCUUGUUUAUGAAGUUUAUCUUGAGAGCUGUGGUAGGGGGAGAGGAGAGAAAGGAGAGAGCUAAGUCAUCACCCCACAGAAUGAAUCCAGAGCCUUCCAGAAAAGUCCAGAAACAUCUCUCUCCCUGUCAGUUUGUGCCCACAGAAAGUAGGAGACCUGUCAUUUCCAUGACUGCUUUACUGUAUUUUUAAGGUCAAUAUAAUGUACAUUUGAUAAUAAAAUACUAUUUUCCAAACA